AUGCAGGCCGGCAGCGGCAGCAAUGGGAAAGAGAAUGGCAAGAGUAAGAAAGUAGAAGAAGCAGAGCCCAAGGAAUUUGUGUUGGAGAAGGUGCUGGACUGGCUAGUGGUCAAAGGGAAAGUGGAAUAUUUCUUAAAGUAAGGGUUCACAGACUCCAACAGCACCUGGAAUCCUGAGAACUCGGAUUGCCCCAAGCUGAUGGAAGCGUUUCCGAAUUCUCAGAAGGCCAGCAAAGAAAAAGACAGCGCCAAGAGAAAGUCCUUAUCGGACAGUGAGUCGGCUUACUGCAAGUCCAAGAAGUGUGAGUCGGCCAACAAGCCACGAGCCUUUGCUCCGGGCCUUAAUCCAGAACGAAUCAUUGGUGCUACAGACAGCAGUGGAGAGCUGAUGUUUCUCAUGAAGUGGAAAGAUUCUGAUGAGGCCGACUUGGUGCUGGCCAAGGAAGCAAACAUGAAAUGCCCUCAGAUAGUCAUUGCCUUCUAUGAUGUUGCAUCCAGGGGUGUCGUUGUCAACUUCUACAGGCUCAUGAGAGCUGAUUUCUGUAUUCCAAACCGAAUUCCAUCCUCCACUACUUUCCUCUGCAGGCUGGUGCGUCUCCACCACCUCCAGCUCGCUCCCCCACCUCCAACCCCCCAACCUGGGACUCACCUUAACCGAGGGGUUAUGGGGCGGGAAGAGGUCGAGGGUGGGGACAGGAGAGAAACCUGGAGAAGGGAGAGAACGGUGGAGGAGCGGCCUCCGCCUGUGACUUGGCCCUCGGACGUGGGUUCUGGCGCCCCAGCCAGCUCCGCUGACCCGCCAAGCCAGAGGGCAGAGCGGGCCAGACUCUGCCCACGGCUCUAG